AUGCCGCUCGACUCGCUCAUUUGCAACCCACCAUCUACCGCACUCAAUCCUAAGAAUUUGGCGCUCGGAGUCGACGAUUCAUACGACGCGCGGCGAAGGCAUCGGUUUGGCGUGGGAGCCCAGGUCCACUCAGAAGCGACACCGUACGGGCGCACCUUCCUCGCCCGCUCCGAGGUGACGCCGUUCCGCCGCACCUUCCUCGGCCGCUCCGCCGCGGUGCCAGCCGGCAGCCGACCGAUGGCCGGUGGCUCUCCUCCCGUCCUCUGUUCUUCCCAGCCCCAGAUCCCGGCGGCGAGUCCGUCCACGCUUCCAGUGCGUGCAGUUGCAGCGGCGCAGCCAGUCUCCGACGCGACGGUCCAGCCCGGCCGCGGCUCCUCCCACAGCUGGCUGUUUGGGGUGGUGGCCGUGCCCGAUAACAAGGAUGUAGGCGUUGAGGUGGUGGCCGUGCCUCUGCUCCUGACCUGUUCCCCUGGGUUGGUGAGCUUGGCAGGUAUCGCAGCAGCUCCGCCUGCAUCAGAAGCCGUAGCCGACGCGGAGCUUGCAAGUACUGAAACGGUGGCCACCCCGACCACUCUUCCUGGUCAGGGGAAUGUUACUGCCAUGGUUAUGUCUUCGUCAGCAGUUGAAACCUUCCGAUCGGUCGCCACUCAUGGGACUUUCUUCAACAAGUUAGCCAUGAAAACCACAAGCGUGCUGCCUACUCCGAGCUUCCCAAAAUUCAAGAAGAAGAUCAGGACGCCGGUGGCGCCACCACGGCGCAGCCGCCGUCUUGCAGGCGUCGGAGUUGAGUUCUCUAUUGACCGGGAGCAGAGCAGAUGCAAGAAGCGAGUUAUGCGACCCUUGGAAGUCCUCUGUGAUCAAGAUGGGAUUCACGAAGCUGCUCUUGAUGAGUACGCCAAGCUGUUCUCUCAACCCCUGUCUGACACUCAUUCGUUGGCUUUGGCUUGUCUAUUCAGAUGGCGCACACCGGAGGAGCUGAUAGAGGGCAGCAGCGAGGCACUGGUUGUCCAGUAA